AUGAUCAGAACAGUCCUUGCCCGACGUGCCAUCGUGCGCAACACCCGCCAAUUCCACAGCACACCCUUCAGACGCGAAGCUAUCAAGAAGGACGGUCCAGAUGGAACCACCUCGACAGCUACCGGCUCCAACAGAUCACUCGUCCUGCUGGGCGCCGCCAUCAUCGGAGUCGCGGGUACAUACGGCAUGAUGAUGGGCAGCCCGAGAACUGUGGUUCCCGACGACACGUCCAAGCAGCCCGUCAGCGGAACAUCACCCACCAGCGCGAGAGCCAACCAGGCGAGCGGGAAGCUUGACCCUAACAACCCCAAAUAA